CGCUUCUUUCCAUCCCCUCCGAUAAAACCGCAUCAAAUUUCACACUUAAACACCUUCAAAUCACACACACUCUCUGGCCGCCACCACUCCUUAUUAUCAGUCAAUUUAGAAAUGGCAUCAGCUGAACCUUCGCGAGAAGAAAAUGUGUACAUGGCUAAGUUGGCUGAGCAGGCCGAAAGGUAUGAGGAAAUGGUUGAGUUUAUGGAGAAGGUAGCAAAGACUGUUGACGUUGAGGAGUUGACGGUGGAGGAAAGGAACCUUCUUUCUGUGGCUUACAAGAAUGUGAUUGGUGCUAGGAGGGCAUCAUGGAGGAUCAUAUCUUCCAUUGAGCAGAAGGAAGAGAGCCGUGGGAAUGAAGAUCAUGUUAAGCUGAUUAAGGACUACAGAGCUACAAUUGAGACUGAACUAAGCAAAAUCUGUGAUGGAAUUUUGGGACUCCUGGAGUCGCAUCUUGUUCCUUCUGCUUCUUCUGCCGAGUCUAAGAUCUUUUACUUGAAGAUGAAGGGUGAUUACUUUAGAUACUUGGCUGAAUUCAAGACAGGAGCCGAUAGGAAGGAGGCUGCCGAGAGCACUUUGUUAGCUUAUAAAUCUGCUCAGGAUAUUGCUCUCUCCGACUUGGCUCCUACUCACCCAAUUCGGCUAGGACUUGCACUUAACUUCUCAGUGUUUUAUUAUGAGAUUCUCAAUUCACCUGACCGUGCUUGCAAUCUUGCCAAGCAGGCAUUUGAUGAAGCUAUUGCCGAGUUGGAUACAUUAGGUGAGGAUUCAUACAAGGACAGCACACUGAUCAUGCAGCUUCUCCGAGAUAAUCUCACUCUGUGGACAUCUGAUAUUGCGGAUGAGGCUGGAGAUGAGAUCAAGGAAUCCUCAAAACCCGAAGAAACUCAGUAAUAUACAUGGGUUUUGUAGGAAAAUAGUUUGUGUACUACGCAUUGGUACGUUUUAGGUCUUCUAUUUAAAGUGACGUGAUGAUUUGCACAAUUGUUGGGUGCUGCUAGCAUACCCAAUAGAUUGAAAGCUUGUUCAAGUACUUGUGGCUUAGGACUCGAGUUGGUUUUUUCUUUUUAUCAAAUUCUGGAUUUUUAGGCACACUACUGUGUCUGGCUCAUCAUAUGUUUAUUGUGUUUCUGAAGCUAUUUUGGGUGGCUUCGCCCCUUCUAUUGUUUGUGACCCAUAUAUUGUUUACCAUGGAGGUCACUCUACCACAAAUGUUUGCUUUUGUACCCGCUAAAUAAUGAAUGUUUUUACUUUUCCGGCUAUCA